AUGCCAACACAUUCAGCGGAUAUCAAUUUAAUUCCAUUUAGUGGCAGUGACCGCGCGGAAUUUCGUGAUCGAUAUCAAAACAAAUACGCAUGGCUCGAGCAAAAUCACGUUACGGAAGUCGGUUCAACAUACAAUUCAUUAGGCAAAAAAGUCGAUCAUAAACCGUCGACAUGGCGAUGCGAAGAUCAAGCCGAAGCGGGAAAAGAAUUUUUACGGUUGAAUGAUGAAUGUGCCGAUAAGAUUUAUGAUAUUCGCGAGCGAAGUGAUUUAAAUCGUGAAUGGCUUCUCAAUUCGGACGGUGUAGCACCACGUUUUUAUCAAAUGGAAGCUGAUGCCUUAAAGAAUCGUUAUGAAUUGAACAAUAUGAAACGCAAAUUAGAUGGAAUUAAACAAUUACGUGCUCGUCUUUUCAAAUGA